UCGUCGUCCUCUCUCCGCGGCCUGCCAUGUCCGGGGUGGUGCGGACCCUGAGCCGCUGCCUCCUGUCGGCCGACGCGGCGUCGGGCCGGGGCGAGAGGCCGCCGCCGCCACCGCCGGGCGAAGGGGGGAAGGAAGGCGGGCGGGACGCGGAGCGCGAGGCCCGGCGCCGCAGCCGCGAGAUCGACGCGAUGCUGGCCCGAGAGCGGCGCUCGGUGCGGCGCCUGGUCAAGAUCCUGCUGCUGGGCGCCGGCGAGAGCGGCAAGUCCACCUUCCUCAAGCAGAUGCGCAUCAUCCACGGCCGCGAGUUCGACCAGAAGGCGCUGCUGGAGUUCAGGGCCACCAUCUACGAGAACGCCCUCAAGGGCUGCAGGGUUCUAGUCGAUGCACGGGACAAACUAGGGAUCCCUUGGCAGUAUACAGAGAACGAGAAGCAUGGAAUGUUUCUAAUGGCCUUUGAAAAUAAAGCUGGGGUGCCCAUUGAGCCUUCUACGUUCCAGUUGUAUGUACCUGCCUUGACUGGCCUGUGGAAGGAUGCUGGGAUCAAGGAGGCAUUUAGCCGUCGAAGUGAAUAUCAGCUGGGUGAAUCGGUGAAAUAUUUUCUGGAUAAUCUGGACCGGAUUGGCCAAUUGAACUAUUUUCCCAGUAAGCAAGACAUCUUGCUGGCUAGAAAAGCUACCAAGGGGAUUGUGGAGCAUGACUUUAUCAUCAAGAAGAUUCCUUUCAAAAUGGUCGAUGUGGGUGGACAACGGUCUCAACGCCAAAAAUGGUUUCAGUGUUUUGAUGGGAUAACAUCUAUACUAUUCAUGGUCUCCUCAAGUGAAUAUGAUCAGGUCCUUAUGGAAGAUAGACGCACAAAUAGACUAGUUGAAUCUAUGAACAUUUUUGAAACCAUUGUCAACAACAAGCUCUUUUUUAAUGUCUCCAUCAUUCUCUUCCUUAACAAAAUGGACCUACUUGUGGAGAAAGUGAAGAAUGUCAGCAUAAAGAAGUACUUCUCAGACUUCAGGGGUGAUCCUCACCGGCUGGAAGAUGUUCAGCGUUACCUGGUACAGUGUUUUGACAGAAAGCGGCGGAAUCGCAGUAAACCCCUCUUCCAUCAUUUCACCACAGCCAUAGACACUGAAAACAUCCGCUUUGUGUUCCAUGCUGUGAAGGAUACAAUCCUUCAGGAAAACCUUAAGGAUAUUAUGUUGCAGUGAAGGAAAACUGAAGGAAAACUGUCUGUUCAAACCUAGCCUAGUUGAAGGCCCAACCUUUAUAGCCUAUAUGAUGGAUUUUUUAAAAAAGAUCCAUGCUGUUACUUGGCUCAAGGAAGCUGCAAAAUAGCCAGUCCCAACGGAGGAGCAACAAGCAGAAGGAUUGUGAGAGCUCAAGCUAGCUACUGUAUCACUUAACUAAAAACAAACAAACAAAAACUACUGAAAGUAGUAAAUUGCAAGUGCAGUGCCUUCUUUUGAACUCUGAAUAACAUUAUAGCCUUCUGCCUUUUGAAAAGAUAAUUCUAAGUUUGAAAAAUGACGUAAAGACAUUUUGUGUUCUUUAAUCCACUGUCAUUGUGCAAGAGAGUUUGUUGGUUGUAAAGCCUGUCUGCCUCACUUGUUUUGGGUGCUGAAUUAACAAAUCCAAUAAGUUCAUUGAUACUUCUAUUCAGAGAAUACAUUGCAAUAUGUCAAUAUCUAGGUUUGGUGUACACAAAAUUGUUUGCCAGUAACCAGACUAUGCUUGCCAAAAUGAUUAUCCAGAUCUUCUUUGAGACUUUCUACAGUUUCCCUCUUGUCGAAGUUUACAACUGUAAAUUGAACUUGGCUGGCCACACUAGUGAAUUUCAUUUUAGCAAUUGGCCUGAAAGGGGGCAGAAAUCCAAGACCUGGGUUGGUGCAACACAGGGCUGAACUUUGCACUACAUGUUACAGUGUUUAUUGCAUCAUGGAAAAUAAGACUUCUACUUUCUUUUUAUUUUACUUUUCAUAUAGCAUGAGGCUGGAGCUCACACCUCAGAUGCUCUGCUGAGACAUUAACUCUGUUCUCAAACCUAUAGUUGGAACUAUAUGAAAACUUGCUCUUGACAGAAUAUUAUGUAUGAGACAUAUUAUGGGUGUUCUCAUAAAAGGGAAGCUAAUGCUAUUCCUUAGCCAAAUGUUUGGUAAGCAGAGGCUGUUCAUAGCACUAAAGCCAAAUGCUCUUGAGGUUUCCACUUCACAGCUGCACUGAGUUUGGAAAGAAGAGCUCUGCUUUGAACUCAUCCUUAAUUGUUGCUGUAUGAAUUUACUAGGCUAUAUAAUAUACACUUAAAAUAUUGUAAACUGUCAAGUUUAUAGUUGCCCCUUUAAGGCUACUACAGAGUACAUGUGAAUUUGCAGGAGGCUGUGAAUAAUGUUGAUGUGAACUUACUUUUUAAUUCUAAAGUGUUGAAUUUAA